UAGAGCGCUUGCUGUAAACUAUGACCUUGAGAGGACGCGUACGUCAGGUUUUCUCCAAACGUCAGAAGUUUCAUAGCUGUGCUCUCAGAGCAAGAUUCUGAAAAAGAAAAAAAGAGAAACAGAAGAGCAGCAAGGCACUUGGAUAUGAACGCCAAAGGUUGCUUAACAUAGUGUAGUAGUACGGACAGAGGUAGAAUAAAUCAGAAUAAAUUCAUAUUUUGUAUUGUUAGAGUGAAGUGAAGUCCGAGGCUCCAUAUUAGAGAAUGUACUAAUAAAGAACAAUGAGUUGUGAUAUUUAACAAGUUGGAGUAAGCCCACAUGAAGGAAAGGAAGUCAAGGUUGGUACAAGGGAAGCGGUUUAUUAGAAGGGUGUGUAUAUAGAGGGUGUAGUGUUAAGAAUACUAGUGACUAUAUCUUUUAUUGUCUUUUUUCUUUUUUUUUGUCCAUCCGAUGUCGGCCACGCAAUCCUAGUGUAAAAGUCCGAGUUAGCAUGUUAUAGGUUGUCUUAGUAGAAUAGCUAAUCCAGCAUAAUAUUGGAAACAUGAGUCUGAGUGGUGAGCGCAGGAAGACAAUCUAUAUCUCAGAUUGACUGUCUUAUUCUCAAUUAUAAAGAGCCUGGUACAUACAAAAUGUCCUGUCCCCACAAACACGGGUGGAUUGAAGUUAUCGCCCUCACCAUCAAUGCUUGCUGGUCAGUAACGCCACCCUCCCUCCUUUUGUGAUGUUAGGCUCAUUUAGGCUUAUUUUUUGUAUACACGUCAUACCUCACACAAUCCUUUGUUUCACAACCUGUUGGAAAGCACUAUUUCUAUAAGUACCAUUUUACAAGCUUAUCAGGCAGUUACAAGCUAUGGACUGCGGGUAAAGCAUCGAUGCAGUGCCUCUGUUGACUAUAGUUUAAAGUAUAGUUUGCCAAUCAGAGUAUAAGUGUUAGGAAGGGUAUAUUGUAGGAUAGUUGUUUAUUUAAGCAGGCGGAAAGAGUAUAGAAGUAUGAGUUGUGGAUAAGGGAACGAGUGGAGAAAUAAUAUUAAUUGCUAGUCAACAUAGUGUACAGAAGAGUAAAAUGUUGAUACAGGAUAAACAGGAAGAAACUCACAGUAACUUGGUGCUGAUGUUAUUUUCUGUUGUCUUAACCAGUUGAUUGGUAACAUGUUCCAUAGAUGCAAGACCACUGGUAGUGGGCAGCCGAUUGUGCGGUCCUCUUGACUUUUUGGGGUGGUAGUGAGUGUCCCUUAUCGACCGAGUUUAGUUUAACAGUAAUGAUAGGUCCAGUGAGUUACCUGUCUACUUCAAGUGAAGAAAUAGGGUGGAGAAAGUAAUUAAUACAACUGCAAAGUAGGAAAAAUAAGGCAAACUGAACUUGAGGUCCAUUUUGGUCUAGACAUGGAGAGAGCCUAUGAUGUAUGAGUGGGGCGCAGAUGUAACAUGGUUUUACCUAAGAUCGAUAUGAUGUACUUUGAUGGACAACCGGGUCAGUAUUACCGUUUCAUUAGUCAGUUUAAUAGCCUUAUAGAAAGUGAAUUGUCAGAUAAGGGCCAAUUGUUGUCGUAUUUGUUAUAUUAUUGCAAGGGAAAGGCCAGAACAGCAAUUGAAUCCUGCGUUUCUUUGCCCAGUGAAUUGGGCUAUGAUAGGGCUAAACGAAUUUUGUAUGAUUUAUUUGGUAAAGAACAUCUUGUUGCACGAGAACUAAUUAUUGAGUUAUUAAACCAUAAAUCUGUCGGAGGAUGGGCUGACGUAUUAACUGACUUUGCGAUUAAGUUGCGUAAUGUAUGUAUAACGUUGAAGCAAAUGGGAUAUAUGUCUGACGUUGAUUCUACGGCUAAUUUGGAGGUAAUAGUUUCAUGCCUACCACUAGAAGUGCAGAAUAAGUGGGUGGAAGUCGCCGAUAAUAUCAUGAUGCAAGGGAAGGAGCCGAGCUUUGAAGAAUUUGUGGUCUUUGUAGAAGAGAGGGCCAGAAUUGCCCGAACCCGUUAUGGUAGAUUAGUACAGUGUAACUCAAGGUUCGGUAAAAGGAAUUCUGAAGGCCAAGCUGAUAGGAGAUCACGCUUUCAUGCAAUUAGACGAGACCCGAAUAGCUCAGUCAAGGUAUCACAUUGUGAAAUCUGCGUAGGUGAUCAUGAGGCGACAGAUUGUCCAAGGUUAGCAAAAAUGAAUCUAAAAGAAAGGAGGCAGGAGGUAAGAAAACGUGGUCUAUGUUACUUAUGUCUGAGGAAGGGUCACAUAGCUAUGACAUGCAACUCAGGCAUCAAGUGCGACGUUGAGAAUUGCAAGGUUAAGCAUAAUUCAUUAUUGCAUAUUGAUAGUAUUGAUAACCAUGUGGUGAACCUAGCUAAGGAUUGGAACUCUUCAAAGGUUUGUUUGGGGAUCGUUCCAUUCAGACUAUACGGUCCCAAAGGAUGUUUGGAAACAUAUGCACUUCUAGAUAGUGGUUCGGACACUUCUCUUGUAUGUGAAGAAUUAAUUAAUCAGUUGGGUAUCAAAGGUAAAGAGACUUCGAUAAGGGUGGCGACUGUGAACGGAACUACCAAUUGUGAUUGUUUGGAGGUAAAUUUAGAGGUAUUUUCAUUAGAUGAACAAGGUUCUGUAAGGAUCAACAAAGUUUACACGACCAAGAAACUUCCGAUCGAUCAUGCAGCACCUUUAACCGAACUCCAACUGAAACGGUGGAAACAUCUUAAGGACAUAACCCUUCCGAGAUUGCAAAGUAAUUUUGUAGGAAUAUUGAUUGGGUGUGAUGCUCCGGAUGCACAUUGGGUCCUGGAACAACGUCUGGAGGACAGGAAGCAUCCGUCUGCUGUGCGUACUCAUCUUGGUUGGAUGAUUAUAGGUCCUAGGGGAGUAUCAAGGUCUCUACAUCAAGUUCAGUGGUGUCAUUGUUCCACUAAUGAUAUUUUGCGAGAUUUAGAAAGACUAUAUAAUCAUGAGUUCGAGGAUACAGAUACGUUUCGUAAUGGAUAUUCUGUUGAAGAUAAAAAAGCUCUAGAAAUAGUUAGCAGUUCGUUUAGAUUGGAGGGUGGUCAUUUCCAAGUUGGUCUACCAUGGAAGUAUGAUAAGCCAAGACUACCGAAUAAUUUGGAACUGGCUGGACGCAGACUGGAAUGCUUAAGGAGGAGGUUUAUGAAAGAUAACAGUCUUUUGGAGAAAUAUCAAGUUGUGAGGAAUAAACAUUUAAGAAAGGGCUACAUCAUUGAAGCUAGUGAAGAGGGAUUUGACUAUGACGCUGUUUGUUGGUAUAUUCCUCAUCAUCCUGUUAUCAGCCCUAAGAGGCCUGGAAAAUUGAGAAUUGUUUUUGACUGUGCGGCUGUCUAUCAAGGUUGUUAUCUUAAUGACCAGCUUUUGAGAGGACCGAAUACUGUAAAUAGUUUAAUUGGUGUACUUCUACGAUUCAGAUUAGGUAACGUAGCAUUAGCUGCUGAUAUCGAAGAGAUGUUUCUUCAAGUAAAGAUUCCGAGACAAGACAGGGGAGCAUUUCGUCUAUUGUGGUGGGAAGACGGUGAUAUACGACGAACGGCUAAGGCAAGAGUAGCCACCUCGAAGGUCCAAGCUAUACUGCGCUUGGAACUUACAGCAGCAGUUUUGACAGCUCGCAUGGGAUCCCAGCUGCAGUCAGAAUUAGAUAUUAAGUUGGCAGAGGUUAAUUUUUGGACGGAUUCUAUGAUUGUCUUACACUGUAUUAGAAAUGAGAAAAGCCAGUUUAAAACAUUCAUAGCAAAUCGAAUUUCGACUAUUCAGAGUCUUACUAAGGUGGACCAAUCGAGAUUCGUACCUUCUAAAGAAAACAUAUCAGACUUUGCAUCCAGAGGGGUCAAGUUCGACAUUGAUGAUGUCAAGGUAUGGGAGUAGGGUCCACGUUUUCUCAAGAAGUCGAAGGAGUGUUGGCCUGCCGAUGAUGUACAAGGUCCUGACCCUCAUCUAUUGGAAAUAAAGAAAGCAAUAUCGGCGCAUGUAAUGGCUGAAAAAUCCACUGUUGAUCAACUUAUUAAUUAUUAUUCAGAUUGGACUAGAUUACUUAAGGCUGCUGCGUGGUUAACCCGAUUUAAGCUAUAUUUACUGGUAAUGCGUUCUGGUAGAACUGAUCUGUCUCAACAGGUGGGUAUGCUUAGAUUUGAUGGGUUAAAUUUCGCUUGUUUAGAUUUAAUUCUAUAUGUCCAACGCAUAGUAUUUCGGAAAGAGAUUGAAAUGUUAUCGUCUGAUACCAUUAGCAAGGUGAAGAUAACGAAUUCACCGUUACGAACUUUAGAUCCAAUGAUGAUUGGAAGAUGGGCUUUAUGUUCUGCGGACUCAAAUAGUUGUUUGUGUGUGAAUAUGCAAUGGUGCCUGAAGCCAUGUGUUAUGGUUAUUCAUUUUCUAAAAGAACUAGAAGGGUCCAAUGUUACGAUUUGAAAUCAGAAUAGAGAGUUCGCAGUAAAUAAAGGAAUUAAUGGAUUGGUCCUCUAUAUGUGUUUAUAUAUUCAUGUUUACGUUAGCGUAUAUGAGCUUCUAUGGAGGAUGAAGCAUUUUGUUAGAUGGUUGAUAUUGCGAUUGUUUAUGUUGGCGCAAAUAUUUUGGAAACGUUUGUCUAAGGAAUAUGUUUCAUUGUUGCAACUUAGACACAAAUGGACUCAACCAGAGAUGAACAUAGGAGAGAGUAAGUUGGUGACGACAUGUACUGGGUUUUUAGAGAAAGACAAAUGGUUAUUAGGUCUGGUAAUGAAAGUGAUACCUAAUAUAGAUGGGUUAAGACCGAUGGAGUUGCGGACAAGCGUAGGGAUCUUGGUAAGAGAUAUUAGAAAACUGCGUCUAGAAGUUGUAGAUAUUAGGUAGCUACUCGGAUCCCUAGGCGUACUGGUGUAAGUCCUAGGGAUCACGAGAUUGUUGAUAUAUUGAGUGUUUGUUGUUGAUUGUUUGUGAUGCAUAUAUUUGGAUUCUUGUUGUCUAUUUAUUUGUCUGUGAAAAGAACCAAGGUUCUUUUGGUCGGGAGUGUUACGGGAGAACUGAAGACAUUUGGCGGAUUAAAACCUUUUAUUGUACAUUAACAAUUUACUGUGUUUUUUGGAUGUAAUUGUUUUACUUAACUUUUGAACUUGUUUGUUUAUAUCUUUAUUUCGGACGUUUUGGUUUGUCUUUGGUUUGGUAUUUUGGUGCUCUCUUUGUCUUUGGUUUGGCAUUUGGGAGUUUUGCUCCGGGAACCUACAAAAUUGAAGGUUUGUUUUGUAAUUGUUAUAAUUAUUGUUAUUAGGACGACAUUUGGUCGAUUACUUGUGAAUUACGAAUAAAUUUGGUAUCUAAAUUGGGACUUGGUUCUGUUGUUAAUUUGGGUUCGUAAUUUGCGAGUAGAUCGAUAGUCCGUACUUCAAUAACUGGAACGAGCAAAACUUGGACGUAACA